AUGAGUACUUAGAGCAUCAAAGAGUAAAGCAACACUUAAACAAUUUCGAUAUUUGAUCCAUAAGAAGAUAAGAAGUUAGAAUUAAAAAAGUUUUAAAAAAAUUAAGUAUGUGCUGAAUGCAAAUCUUGGAUAAUAAGAUAAAAAUCAAUAGGUUGUGGAAUAUGUGAAGAUGUAUAUCAUUUAUUUUGUAUGGUAAUAAUUUCAUGUAAUAUUUUAGAGACCUAAAUUGACAAGGAAACCUAAAAAAUGGACAUGUACACGUUGUCUUGAGUUAAAGAAUACAUUUCCAGAUACAAAUGAAUUGGAAAUAGAUACUUUAUGUGGAAGAUGUUAAAAGCAAGUAUCAAUUGAUGAUGAGGAAUUUUGUUCUAAAUGUUCAAAAGUAUUUCAUAGAAAGUGUUAUGGUCCAAAAAAAGUAGCACCUAUAUGUAUAUUCUGUGAGCAAUCAAAGCCACCAAAAAUAAAAUCAAAUAAAAAUUUAGUUUAAUUCCUACCACUCAAAAUUUCAUUAAAAAAGCAAAAGUCUUUCAUUUUACCAUGUUGCAUAUAUGAUGAUACUCUACGUGAAAAGUGUUUCAAUUCUAUUUAAUAUGCACUCUAUUGUCAAAAUAUUUGUUUUAAUGAUGAUUUAGUGUAUGAAUCAGUAUAGAAAUUAGAGAAUAAUGUUUCUCAUGAAAAAUUGGAACCAUUAAUAGGAAAAGAUCUUGAGGCAUUUAAAAAGUAUAAAUAAGUAACUAAACAUGGUUAUUAUGCUCCUGUGAUAGUGGAAUAUAAUAUAGAUUAGGGAUUUUAUGUAAAAGCAGUUUAACCAAUUGUCAAUAAUACAUUGAUAUGUGAAUAUGCAGGAGAAGUGUUUCGAUUUGCUGAUUAAGUGUAUAGUACAUCUGAUUCAAUGAUGAGUUUACUUGAAACUAAUUUUGCUGCUACUUCUUUAGUGAUUAUACCUUAAAAAUAUGGAAAUCUUGCUAAAUAUUUAUCAGGGAUUAAUAACACCAAAAAAAAUAGUAAAAAAUAAUAAUAAAAUGUAAAAUCCUAAAGAUUUAAUGUUGAAGGAGAAUCAAGAGUAAUCUUAUAUGCUUGUAGAGAGAUUAGGACAGGAGAAGUGUUAUAUUAUGAUUAUAAUGAGGGUGGAUUCAAUUAUAAUACAAGAUUUUUUGUUUGA